UAUAUCGCUUUGCGUUAGACUUUUUAUUAGCUGUGAAAUUUCCAGUUAGGAUCGAGGAACGUAGGAAGUCAGGAUUUCCAUGGAAGUGUUGCAACAUGGAACUUUGGAUCUCGGACAGAAUAGCAGCGACAGCAUCGUGAGAAUGUCACUCCAGUGUAUAAAAAAAUCAUAAACCAGACAGCCCAGCAUUGUGAUCGAGAUGGCCUCUUCAAUAGAGCAAGUCUGGGCCAGGCUCGAUGCUGGAGGAGAUGGUUACGCUAACCAAUUCAGUGGUGGGGAUUCCUUGCUCAUGUCCGAGAACAUGUGGAUAGAUUUUGCCAACUAUGAGACCUCCAAAGCGCGGAACCUGCAGAUUCCUCGUGGACGGGGCAUUGAUACUGUGUUUCUUCUAGAUAUCUCUGAGAGCUUGGGCAAGGAAGGUCUGGCUCAAAUGAAGGAAGUCGUGCUGGAAAUUCUUAAAAGUAUUCAGGGAUGCACGUUUACUCACCAGAGGCAGGAGAAUGUCGCUAUUGCAACAUUUGGACAUACAACCACAGUGGACUGUCAUUUGACCAAUGACUAUACUGAGAUCAAAGACUCACUGGAUCGACUAAGAACAGAAGGCCGGUCGCCCAUGUUGGGAGGACUUUACAUGGCAUUGUCCGCCAUUGCUGCCAGAGGAUCAGAAACCGUUAUCAAUGGAGUGUCUGUCCACCCAAGAAUUAUACUUGUGUCAGAUGGUCAAGCCACAGACUCUGAGGUCAUCACUGGGACUGACUCCAAAACUCUAAACCUGUCGAUGGAUGCCCAUGACUCUAUAAUAAACCUGGCGGUCAGACUUGGAGCUGACCAUCAUCCUAUCACCUGUGUACCCGUAGGAAACGCAAAUGAGGACUUCCUCUGGCAGAUUGCUUCAAAAUCUGGAGGUCAUAUGAGGUCACAGGGUGAAAUCCAUAAAAUAGGCCGAUACUUCAAAAACCUGACUGAGGUGACAUCCAUGAAGCGUAAACAUGACCUAACUACCAAGGAUUCCCAGGCGUUUGCUAACCUGGCCCGCAGCAUGCUGGUUGAUGUCAGUGACUCAGACAUUGAGGACAUGAUGCUGAUCCUACUUGAGACGGACAGUUUUAGUAGCUGUACGACACAGGAGGAAAUACUUGACCCUAGAAUGCCCUUGAUGGGAGCACGGGUCAGGCGUGGCAAGGACUGGGUUUGGGGUGACCAGGACCUUGGUGGGCCAGGAACUAUCACCAGUCACUGCAACAAUAUAGGUUAUUUGGUCGUCCAGUGGGACCUAAAUAAUGUGAAGGGACGGUACAGAUAUGGAGCAGAUGACAAAUAUGACCUGACAUUGACCCAGGAACCACGUAUUCUUAGUCAGGACGAGCUGAUUGGUGCAGGAUGUCUCGUUUGUAGAGACAAAGACUGGUCUUAUGGCCACCAGGAUGGAGGUCCUACAAACAUAGGGGUUGUUUUUGAUGUGAAUCCCAAUGGCAUUGUCAGGGUACGCUGGCCCAAUGGUCACAUGAAUUCAUAUAAGUAUGGUUGUGAAGGAAUGUUUGAUGUCAAAAUCUGGCACCCAGAGGAUAACUAUUCUGGAACAGCUCUCACUGGCUCACCAUCUGCCCCGCCGUCAUCUUCUAUUACACCUUAUAGUCCCCCUACUCCUCUUAAUCUCAAACUGCCCUCCCUUUCUAUCCCUGCCCCUGUCUCUGUCCCCACACCUAAGUCUGACCCUACCACGACCCCUCCCUUCCAUCCUUCCCCUUCGUCUAUAACCUCUCCUGCUCCUGAGCCUUGCCACCUUCCUACAGACAAGCUGGCAUCUACUCAGAUAUCUGGAGAGGAACCCUCCCUUACGAAUAUCUCCAUGCAAGGAUUUGUAGGAAGUCCUGAGAGCAACAGGGAUAUAUUUCGAUCUAUAGAGCAUGAGGUCAAAGACGAUGAAUUAUUCUCUUGUGAAUUAGAGUCCACACCCCCUGUUGAUGAGAUACAGGCUGGUGGAAAAAGUGCUGAAUCCAAUCUGAAACUUGAAAAGAUGACAGACAGCUGUGAUUCAAAUCUGAUAGGUACCCCCUCUCCAGGUACAAGCCUAGUACCUGAAUAUGUAAAGAAAAAAAUCUCCUGGCAAUUCCAGCUCCCAGAUGACACCUGGAAGGCAUACCCCGACGAUGUCUCUUGUCGUAUUGAGGAAAGAUACAAAAAAAACGACAAGACAACAUUGGUCUCAAUCACUACUUCAGGGAUAUUAAAAAAAUAUCGAAUCAUGUUGAAAGGAAAGUUACGACAGGCCCAUGUGAAGCAAAAUGGCAAGGCUGAAGGUUCUACUGUUGAACCUGACUGUGCCGUGCGACGUAUAGAGGUUCCAGAUGAAAUCUUAGGUAUGACCAAGGAGAAAGUCGACCUGUAUUUUGCUGCACUGGAGAAAGGAGAGGAACUACUCACCAAUCUCCGACUGAUGGUGGUUGGACAUGAGGGAGUUGGGAAAACUACACUCUGCCAUCACCUCAUGAAAAAAAUAGUUCCGGAAAACUUGGAGAGUACGAAUGGCAUUGAUAUUUACAUUCACCGCUUCCUUAUCAACAUGAUGAGCAAAAAGCAAACGCCCCUCCCUCCUGACCGUCAGGAGGAGGCGGCCUGUCUAAGACUAGCCAAGGUUGUGGCCGGAUUUAAACAUGGAAAUGAGAUGACUGGAGAAAAUCUGGCAGUGGGGUCAGUUAACCAACCAGAUCUUGGAAGUCUGGGCAGCUUCGGUCAUCCAAGCUCUGGACCAGGCAGUCUAGAUAGCUCACCCCUGUCAUCAGAGGCUACAAGUAUGACCUCAGAGAACAAGAAGCGUCAUGACGUUGAUGACGCAGAGCUACAGGACCAUAGGUCGUACUCCAGUGAUGAGGGGUACAUCAAUAAAUAUCGCUACACACACAAUCAUACCUGGCAAAAUACAGGCAAACCACGAGAGCACAAGAUCACAAACUUCUUCAAGAAUGACAUGAUGGAUGUGAUGCAGAAGUCAGAAGGGGAGGAAGGUGAAGAGAAGGCUUACCUGUCUGUGUGGGACUUCGGAGGCCAGAAGGUGUUCUACGACUCUCACCACAUCUUCCUAAGUAAAGAUGCUGUCUACAUUGUCUGUUUCAAUGUCGACGACUGCCUUUCUGAUGCGGCCAAGAAGAACGCAGAGUUUGAGCGUGCCAGAUUUUGGCUACAUUCCAUUGGUUCCUUGUCUUCAAAGCAAAACAGUUCCUCAGAGCAGGUUGAAUUACCUCCCAUCAUCCUAGUCGGGACACACAUGGACAAAGUGGAAGGAAUGGAUGCAGAUACUAAGAAAUCAAAGUUCAUUGAAAUGUGUACGUGGCUUCUCAAGCCACCCGAGCUACAGAAGAUUAAGAACCACAUCCAGGGCUACUGUGCUGUAGACAAUAGCAACCAUGACCUUCCCUGGCUAGAUAACCUCUGGGAGGACAUCAUCAAGGCCGCUCCAUUUCAGUCACAGUGGAAGAGGGCUUUGCCCGCGAAAUGGCUGUCACUAGAGAGAGAACUGAUGAAACUCAAAGGUCAAGGUCAAAAGAUAAUGACCUUCAAAGAGGUCACAGAAUUGGACAUGAAGUUGGAAUCACCCAUUGAAAAUGUCAGGGAGAUAGAAGUCUUUCUGGAGUAUUUACACCAGACUGGAAAUGUCCUGUUUUUCAAAGACAAAAUUGAUGUAGAAGACAUGAUGGACCGUAAAUUGGUCUUGGACCCGCAGUGGAUAGUGUAUGCGUUCCGUUGUCUCAUCACCGACAGCAAGUUCACCCAGUUUGAGAGCAGCAACCUGGACACCAUGUGGAGGAUGUACCAUGUGAACGCGGAACUACUUCAGCCCCUGGUGGAUGCCCUGUGGCGAGGGGAUCCCUUCAGGGAGCACAAGGCCCUCCUUCUCUCACUAAUGGAAAACCUGGGCCUGAUAUCACGGCCGAAGUCACUCAACAACAUCCAAGUCAACGAGAAGGUCCAGUACUACAUUGUGCCUACUAUCUUGAGGGAGACCAAUUUCGAUUGGCUGGAAUCAGUGUUGGAUGAAGAAAUGUUAGCCCUUUCUCGAACAUUGUGUCUAGUCUAUGAGUUUUUGCCAUUUACUAUAUUCCACAAGCUGUUAGCUGCCUGCAUAGGCCAUUACAAGAUUGCUACCCACCUGACACAGGAAAGUGUACCGCUACAGAAGGGCUUUGGCUGCUUCAUGGUCGGGUUACAUUGGCACAUGAUACUACAUUGCAAAAACUCUGUUGUCAAGGUAACCAUGUUCAAGUUUGUGGAGACGGCAGAGGAGAAGAAGAUUAUGCCAGGAGAGCUGGUUGAGGUGCGGCAAUUCCUGGAGGAUGCCCUGAACAAAAUCCUUGUCCGCCACCAGUUGGAGCAUCUCACUUCCCAGUACGAGCUCCACUGCAAAUUCUGGUGUGGGGAAAAUGAGCAUCGGGUACAAGUAGACACAAUACAACAGGAGACAAAAGUACACUGUUGUAGAAUACCGAAGCAACAUUUCUUCCGUAAGGAAGAUCUAGAUCCUUGGUUCACACCUGCAGAAUGUAACAGAAUUUGACUUUUACAAAAUGUCAAAACAAGAACUACAAAUCAAUUAUAUUGUGAACACCAUCCCGGGCUUUCAAAUCAUAUAAGGCACUUUCAUGCCCAGGGGUGUAGGAUAGGGAAAUUCACACAGAGGAGUUUCAAAUUUAGUAAAACCCAA